UGGCCGACGAGGUCGGGCAUGGAGCAUCUGGAGUGCUGCGCGAGGUUCCUGCGGGGGACGCUGGUGCGAGCGGCCGUGCGGCGCUACCUGCCCUGGGCGCUGGCGGCCUCCAUGAUGGCGGGCUCCCUCCUCAAGGAGCUCUCCCCGCUGCCCGAGAGCUACCUCAGCAACAAGCGCAACGUCCUCAACGUGUAUUUUGUGAAACUGGCCUGGGCCUGGACCUUCUGUCUCCUCCUGCCUUUCAUUGCCCUCACCACCUACCACCUGACAGGCAAGGCUGGCCUGGUCCUGCGGCGGCUGAGUACCCUGCUUGUGGGCACGGCCAUCUGGUAUGUCUUCACAGCUCUUUUCUCCAACAUUGAACACUACACGGGCAGCUGCUACCAGUCGCCCGCCCUGGAGCGGGUCAGAAAGGAGCACCAGAGUAAGCAGCAGUGCCACGGGGAAGGAGGCUUUUGGCAUGGCUUUGACAUCUCGGGCCACUCCUUCCUGCUGACCUUCUGCGCCCUUAUGAUUGUGGAGGAGAUGGCCGUGCUGCAUGAGGUGAAAACAGACCGGAGCCACCGUUUCCACACCCCCAUCACCAGCCUGGUGGUGGCCCUGGGCUUUCUGACCUUCAUCUGGGUGUGGAUGUUUCUGUGCACGGCCGUUUACUUCCACAACUUGUCCCAGAAGGUGUUCGGCACCCUGUUUGGUUUGCUGAGCUGGUAUGGGACCUAUGGGUUUUGGUAUCUGAAAUCCUUUUCCCCAGGACUUCCUCCCCAGAGCUGUAGUUUGAAUUUGAAGCAAGACAGUUAUAAGGAAUAAAAGAGAAGCAAAAGGGGUGAUGGCAGGACAAUAGCUAAUGUAUUUUUUUCAUUAUUUUUCUUAGUUAUUUGACUAAAUUAUUGAUUCUGCUUCAGAGAGGAAGCAUACCAGGAGGGUUUGGGGAGUGGUGGGCGGAGUCUGGGGAGUGAGUUUAAUCCCCACCCUUCUUGUCACAAGCACCACCAUUCCCAGUCGGAAACUUUUUGUCCCUGGCAAGACUUGACCUUAAUCUGGAAUGUCCCUUAUGUCCCUGGAGGGCAGAGGUAAGGCUCAGUGAGAGGACAGAAUCAGGAAAGCCUCUGUUGUGUGGCUGAAGGGGAGGCCAGGGCCUCAGGACCCUUCUCUGCUGCCAUGAUCCUCUCCCUGAUCCUUGUGUCUCGUAUUGUGAUGGCUGUUAAUGCUGUGGUUUGACUGUAUAUUGCCCUCUGGUCAGUUUUGCAUAAGCAUUUAUUUCCAGCAGGGUUCUUUAUAAAACAGCCAACUGCCUGAAAGACACUCUCUGCUGGUGAUACUUGCUUAUCCUCAGAAUGUUAUAUAUUGCAACUGACUUGUGAUUAGCUACCAAAACUGGAGUGCCUCUCUGGUUGAGUGUUGGAUGAUAUUUAUGUAACGGACAUUGCUAGUCUUCCGUGUAUGUUGUCUAUCAUGUAUUGGUUUCGAGCAAUAAGGUUACCUUUUUUUCCUACAAUUUUGAGCAAAUGCUUUAUUGUUUUUAAUAACAACUACGGCGUUUGUUCUUUGUUGACAAAACCCCUGAGAAUAACUCACAACUUCAAUGCUGCACUUUGGUACGUGUGUAGAUAGCUUUGAGGGUUUUUUUGUUUUUGUUUGUUUUUUUAGAACACUAAUUUACUUUUUAUAAUCCAAACUUUUGGCUUAUGGUAUUAAAUUCCACCUCACUUCAGGGACUGUUUUCUCUAUUAAGAAUAAAAUCCGAAAGCAGACAUUUUCAUGGCAACUGGAUGAAAUUUUAAGCUGAGUCAGAGUAACUGCAAAAUGCAUACUUGCACUGAAACUUUCCUGACCACACAUCAGUGGUUAAUCUGAACAGCGUUAUGAUAAGUGCAUUGAUCUGUCUGCUCUGGCCCAAGGAAUUUUUACAUUUUGGAUGAGAUUAUGAUAAAUCGGAGGUGAAAAUGUCUUCCAUUGCCUCUGAUGGCAGGAAGCCAAACUGUAAAAAUGUCCCUAUUAAAUAUUGGAGUGACUUUGUCCCCACCCUCCUUCUUGUACCAACACCAAACCAAACCUGGGCCUGUUCAGCUGGCCUUGAAACCGAUCUUUCUUUCCCCUACGCACACUUCCCAACGUCCAGCCCUGUCCUUCUGUGGCCUGUCACCUCCACCCACAAAGGUGCCAUUACAGCUCUGUGAUAGGACACCCCCCCAACCCCCUGCCCCCGCAGGCUACAUCCUUAGGCCUUUUGUACCUGGCCCUUUGCACUUUGGAUAAUCAUCCCGGAGGCUUCCUUGAUGUUCUUCUUCUCCCCCCCAAGUUAAGCCCGAUAAUAGCAUUAACUGACAAGCACUACACUUGACUGCCUUAACUCAAGCUUAGAUUGUUAAGAGCUUGAGGCCCGGAAAAUCUUCAGGGUAAAUUGUCUUUUAUAUAAAGAUGUAUUUAAAAUAUGUAGUUGGUAUCCCAUCAGGCUACAUGUUAAUUUGUAUCCAUCAAAAUGUAAGUUGUGCUACAUUGUACCCAGAGGUGGCAGAAACACUGGUGCUGGGAUUCCAGAGGUGUCACCGGGGUGCUUUGGGAGCCUUGGCAAGAUGUUGCAGGCCCUGUGAGAAAUCUUUUGCCCUCUGGAGUUUCCGUCUGUGAACAGGGAGUGGGAGAGGGGGUGGCAUAGGUGGCUGGGGCUGGUUGAAGGGGUUGGGGUCUCUCCUGAGUUUCAUGUUCAGCACCAAAAGGCAACAGGCACAAGGUGACUCCACACGUUCAUUUGUCACACUUAAAUCUCCAGUCAUUUCUUAUAGAUCGGAUCCAGGCUCAGCAUUACGUUAAUUCUGUGGAAAGCGUCCGUGACUGACCCUUGUGUAUCGAGUGGUCAUCCACCACUUCCUGUUCCGUCCUAGCACCCUUGCCUUUCUCUCGGGCACGGGUUCUGUAUCCCCGUGUGAGACAGCCUGGUGUAACUGAGCGUGGGCUUAGGUAAACCCAAGAUGUGGGUUCCAGUGUUGGCAGCACUGCUGAGAGUCGUCUGACCUCGGGCAGGCUUCGUGUCCACAUCUGGACAAUGGAGGAGAUGAUACAGUGAUGCAUGUAAAACACCCCGCACCUGUGCUCAGCAGACGAUAAUCCCCCGUUUCCCUUUGCCGCACCAAGCCUUUAGAACUUCUUGGCUCCUUAGGGAAGGCAGGGAAAUGAGCAUCUGCUUUCAAGUACCAUUUGGGGUCUGGGUCUCCCAUUGAAAUAGUCUUGUAUCAUCUUCUGGAAAGUGUCUGUUGUCCCCAGGUGCUGAACAAGAGGCUUUUAAGGGCAUCUGUGAUCCCAGAAUCCCGCCGUGCUUGUUUUGCCUCUCGUUCUGAGGUUCAUUCACUGACGCCUCAUUUUCCAUGUGCAUCUGUCAUCAUCUGAGUAGCAGAUUGUAUUUAGAGAAUGGUUCUUGACACUGUUAUGCACACACAGAUCAUGUGUGUAAACAAGCAAAUUAAGUAAACUGGGGAUAAUGAAAUCCCACAUUCCA